AUGAGGGCUGCUGCUCCCGCUGUUGUUGUUGUUGUGGUUGUUGUUGUUGUUGUUGCUGCUGCUGCUGCUGUUGCUGCUGCUGCUGUUACUGCUGCUACUGCUGCUACUGCUACUGCUACUGCUACUGCUGCUGCUGCUGCUGCUGCUGCUUAUCGCUCUGGCCAUGUUCAUCCGUGUUUUCUCGGAACUCACGAAGUUCAACUGAUCGCUCACAGAUAUUCACGGUUUCUUUUUUUCCUGACAUUUUUCUACUGUAUUCGGGCGAGGAUGCAGAACCGAAUUGGGGUGGGGCGCCUACCUCGGCCAGUAUUUCGUCCAUUGUUCCGGGCUCGAUACUAUGGCUUCACGGUUCUGAUGCUCGCUGCUCACUAUGGCUCGCUGCAACUUCAACAGCCAACACUGCUGAGCUGCUCGUUGCUGCUCUAG